AUGCUUCUCAACGUUCUCGCUGCUUUGUCCCUUUCAACUUGCGUCUCUUCAAGUCCCAUCUGGCAUUCUUCCCUCGCUGGUCGAGGAGAGCCUGCCACUGCCAAUAAGGCUGCCAGUCAGUCUGGAGGUGCCGUUGCUGGACACGGUGCCUCCUCUUCAACCGCUACAACCUCUUCUACCGGCUCGACUGUCGCCGCCCAGGUAUCAGCCACACCUAUCAACAGCACGACCAACCAGAUAACCAAAAGCGAAUGCUCCCAUGGCGCUUUCCAAUGUUCCGGCCAGAAUUUACAGGAUGAGCAAAACAUGUACGGAGAAGCAGGUCUGCGUCUUGCGAACUCGACCACCUCAGCGACUUCCCCUUCGCAUGAAGCAUCUAAUUCAACAUCUACAAGUUUCACAGGAUUGAACACGACCGGCUCAUCUGGCUCGCGAGAAGGUACCAACGGCACCAACGGUAACUCGACGAUUGGUGGUUCUAUUAGCCCUGGCGGCAACAGCAGCUGGACUGCACCCCACCGAGUCAUCUAUGCAAACCUCGCCACAAAGUCUGAGACUGGCUUCCCCGAUCCGGACCAGCUGGGCGACUUCAACCGCCUCAUUAUCAGCGUCUAUCUAGCGGACGGAAGGAAGGCGUUCGAUAACGCGAAAGCAUGGGCCGACAUGGAGUCGAAGAAACGACAAUCCUUACUCGACGCGUACCACGAGCGCGGCAUCGCGGUCAUGUUCUCCCUGUUCGGUUCGACAGACGCACCGACAAGCAAGGAGAAGUGCGACCCUGUAAAGUUCGCCGACGAGGUCGCAAACUUCACGCUUCAGUAUGGUUUCGACGGCGUCGACGCCGACUACGAGGACUUUGACGCGAUGAACGCAGGCGAAGCUGUCGCUUGGUUGACCCCAUUCCAGAAGAGACUUCGGGAGAAGCUGCCAACCCACCUGAUCUCGCACGCUCCCAUCGCACCCUGGCUCGCCGAGGACAAGUACAAGGACGGAGCCUACGCCGGCUUCCACAAGCAGGCCGGCGACGGCGUCGAUUUCUACAAUCUUCAGUACUACAAUCAGGAGGGACAGUACGAGGACUGCGAGUCCGUCAUGACCGACGCGAGCCGCACGCAAUACCCCAAGACGUCAAUCAAGGAGCUGCAUGAGGGUCUCGGCAUCCCUCGGGAGAAGCUCGUGCUCGGCAAGCCCGUCGCCAAGGGUGAGGCGGCGUCUGGGUUCAUGACGCCUGACGACCUCGGCCAGUGUUUCGCCUUGAACGACUUUGAGUGGCCCGAAUCCCUCAUGUUCUGGCAGUGGAAGGACGAGGAGUUCCUCGCCAGCGUGCUUGAGAGUAGCGACUGCGAAGAAUGGGGGUACGAAGAUGACUCCACUGACGAGGCUAGCUCAAGCGCAACUACUACGUCGCUGAUGGCAUCGGCGACUUCAAAUGGAGCCUCUUCCAGCACGUCCGUCGGCUCGAAUGGCUCGACACCUUCUACCAAGCCAAGCACAUCACCUAGCAUCUCCAGCUCACUAGUCUCUGCCGCUGUCUCCAGUCCAGCCACGACCAUGUCGAGUUCUUCGACUACAUCGGCAUCUGCUACCACAAGCUCCGUCUCCAGCACAAGCACCUCCACUAGCGCUCCCGCAAUGUGUGCUAUGCCUUAUAGCAGUGCUUCGAGCAUGCCCAGCCUCUCGCCGGGAUCUAGUGACUCGGCCUCUAUCGUCUCCGCCACAGGGUCCUCCUCCGCUCCCGCAGCCAACCCUACGUCCGUAGCUCGCGAGGCGCCAGACAUGUCCAGUCCAUCUUCUUCGGCUGCUAGCGGUAGCUCGCCGGCCGGCAACUCCAGCAUGCCCGCCCCUUCUAACGGUACCGCUUCGUCCGGCUCACCUGCCGCCUCCUCUCCUGCCAGUGACUCGGGCAAUUGGAUGGACCCUUCGCCUUCGGAUUCGGCUUCGAGCGCGCUGGCCGCCUCGGCCUCUGCAAUUCCGUCUACCGGGGAGCCUGAGGGCGGAAACUGGAUUGACGCCUCCACCGACUCCGCAAGUCAUUCUGCAAGCGAGAUUCACGCGAUGCCUAGUCCUUCGUAG